AGCGGUGGCGGGGCCGGGUGGCAGACAAGCCCAUGAAGAGCUGGUAUGCGGAUUUGAGAAAUGAGUCGCUUUGGAGAGAAGAGAGAUUUUUGGCGAUACCAAACAACUGUUCGCUUUUGUCGAUCGAGCUCCUCGGCGGCGUCCUCGAGGAGGUGAGCGGCCAGGCGCUCGGCCGCUUCCUCGAGGCGUCCCUAUUCGAGCCGCUCGGGAUGCCCGACACGGGGUUCGAAAUUCCCGAGCACGCCCUCGGACGGUUCACCCGAUGCUACCGCGGCACGGGCCCCAACCGCUUCGAGGACGACGCCAUGGUCGGCGCCUGCGACGCAUCGACGCCGUGGCUGCGCGGCAAGCCGCAGGGCCAGAGACCGAGCGGCGGAGGCGGGCUCCUCUCGACCGCUCGCGACUUUCUCCGCUUUGCAGAGUGGCUGGCGACGGACGGGCGGCUGGAUGGAGUGCCAGCGCUGCUGAGCCGCGAGAGCAUGGCGGCGCUGAGGUCCGACCAGCUCCGCGGCAUGGGCGCCGGCGCGGGACCCUGCUUUGACCCGUUCCAGAGCUUUGGCUUGCUCGGCGGAGUGGUCUGCUCUCCGGGCGAGGGCGGGGACUACCUCCCCGCCGGUGCCGCGUCGGGGCUGGGCGCGACGGGCUGGGGAGGCGUCGCGGGCACCUUCUUCGCGGCCGACCCGGAGCACGGCCUCGCGCUGGUCCUCUACACGCAGGAGGUGAAUUACUUCCUCUCCUCGCAAUCGCUGCGGCUCUCGCUGUGCAGGCAGGCGCACGGCGUCUUCCCCGACUUGAGGCAGCGGCUGGAGGCUGGUCGGGCGCGCGAGGCAUCGAAGCUCAUGCUGUACACGGCGUGGGAGUGACGCUAGGAGUGACGGGGGGCGGGGCGGGGCUGGGGGGGGGGGGGGGGGUAACAAACCAGGG